AUGUUUAAAUUCAUUACCAAUAUAAUCGAGGGAGGAUACAGCGAUUUGUUGCACUUUGAAGGUUUCUUUAAAGCAUCUCAUACAUUGAUGACUCACUCAUCGAUUCCACCUGGCCGUUUGGAUCUUGGUUCCGAUGAUCAUCGAGACCUCCGACUCGUCUACAAGACCUCUACCAUCCCCAAAUUGACACGUGGCAAGGUUUAUUGGUCACAAGGAGCUGUGGUUGGAUGUAGUCGUCAUGAAAUGCCAUUCCUGCAAUGCCAUGAGCUUGAAUGUCCUCAAGAAAACAGUCAAUCAAUCACCAGGGAAAUUAUCAAUAUAACCGGAGUUGGCACGAUUGUUGCCAAAAUCGAUUCUCAAGGGGGCUUCUUGGACUUAUUUGUCCAACAUGAGGUUGGAAUCCGCACUGCAUUUGGAGACAAAGUCAUCAUGGUCAAGUAUGUUGUUAACAAAAGCCAAUGUGGUGAAGGUGUUUCAUUGUUACUGAAGCCUGGUCAAAGAGGACAAUUCAUGGGAGUUCUAGCUGGGUGGGAUAGAAACAAUGGCACAAUGGUUGUCGAUGCACCCCCGGCCACAAUCAAAACCUUCUGCAAAUCUCCAGCAUCCCAUUCGGUCCCAUCAACCAGCUAA